UUGGGGUGUAUAUGUUAGUCUUCAUCUGUGCAUCACAUACAAGAUCAUAAAGCUCCUCCGAUGGCUCUCUACACCACACCUCUAUGGCUGCUUCUCCUCCUCUUUCUUCCUCUAGUGAUACUCGCUAAAAAGAUAAGAGCCAAUAGACGAAACAAGCAGCUUCCUCCUGGCCCUCCUAAGCUGCCCAUAAUCGGUAACUUGCACCAGAUUGGUAUAUUGACUCACCAAUCUCUAUGGCAGCUCUCCAAGAAAUAUGGCCCAGUCAUGCUUCUGCAACUUGGUGGUGUACCCACUCUUAUAGUCUCAUCUGCCGAGGCUGCAAGAGAGGUCCUGAAAAUUCAUGAUGUUGAUUGUUGCAGUAGACCACCGUUAGCUGGCACAGGAAAACUCUCAUACAACUAUCUAGACAUAGCUUUUACACCAUAUGGUGAAUACUGGAGGCAGAUGCGGAAGAUUUGUGUUCUUGAACUCUUCAGUGCAAAGAGGGUUCAGUCAUUUCAGUUCAUUAGAGAAGAAGAGGUUUCUUUGAUGGUCCGUUGGAUUGCUCAAUUGUCUUCUUCUGGUAGUCCUGUUGAUCUUAAUGAGAAGAUGCUUUUCCUCACUGCAAAUAUAACUUGUAGGACAUCUUUUGGGAAGAGUUUUAGAGGAAGUGGAUUUGACAGUGAUAGAUUUCAAGAAAUGAUUACUGAAGCGAUGGCCUUAUUAGCUUGCCGCUAUGCAUCCAAUUUCUUUCCAUCUGCAGGAUGGAUCAUUGAUGGGCUCACUGGUCUCCAUGGGAGGCUUGAGAGGAGCUUCCGCGAGUUUGAUGAUUUCUACCAAAAGGUGAUUGACGAUCACCUUGAGAGUGGGGGAAUGAAACAGGAUCAGGAAGACAUUAUUGAUGUUCUGCUGAGAAUAGAGAGAGAUGAAACUGAAGUUGGUACAGCCAAAUUGACUAGAGAUCACAUCAAAGCAAUUCUCAUGAAUGUAUUCCUUGCUGGAGUAGAUACCAGUGCAAUUACCAUAGAGUGGGCGAUGACAGAGCUUGCUCGGAACCCGAGAGUGAUGCAGAAAGCACAAGAUGAAGUCAGAAAUUAUGUUGGAAAGAAAGGACUAGUCUCUGAAAGUGACCUUGAUCAGCUUCACUUCCUUAAGAUGGUGGUGAAAGAAACAUUCAGAUUGCACCCUCCUGGUGUACUUCUGAUUCCAAGAGAAACCAUGUCCAACUUUAAGCUCAAUGGUUACGACAUUUACCCGAAAACACGAGUCCAUGUUAAUGUCUGGGCAAUAGGUCGGGAUCCCAAUAUCUGGAAGGAUCCAGAGGAAUUCUUCCCAGAGAGGUUUAUUGAUAGCUCUAUUGAUUUUAAAGGACAACAUUUCGAGCUCUUGCCCUUUGGUGCUGGUCGACGAGUCUGUCCUGCCAUAAGUACGGGGGUGUUAAUGGUUGAGCUUGCUCUCGCGAAUCUCUUAUGCUAUUUUGAUUGGAAAUUGCCAGAUGGAAUGAAGGAGGAAGAUAUCGACGUAGAAGAAGCAGCUGGACAAACUAUCCGCAAGAAGUUUUCUCUUAAGCUCGUGCCAAUCAUCCAUCAGUAGCCGCAAGAAGUUUUUUUUCCUGACAAAUAACACAACACCCACAUGUUCCUAUUAGAACUUGAACUCUCCACCUUCCACUUUAGUACGACAAGGCUACAACCUUUGUUGGUACUAGAAGAUAAACAUUAGCCACUCCAAGUAUAUGUGGAGGUCGAAAGGCUGUGACUAUGUAAUACCUACCGUGUUGAUGGAUAAUAUGAUCUUGUUUUGUCUUA